CAUGGCGGCGGCCAUGGCUCCACCCUAAUCCCAGCAUGCACCGCAGAGUAGGUCCGGCUAGUCUGAUGGUCUGGAAGAUGGCGGCCUCAGGGGCGGAGCCGCAGAUCUUGGUACAGUAUUUAGUGCUACGAAAGGACCUAUCGCAGGCUCCGUUCUCCUGGCCUGCGGGCGCAUUGGUAGCACAAGCUUGUCACGCAGCCACCGCAGCUUUGCACCUUCAUCGAGACCACCCACACACAGUGGCUUACCUCCGGGACCUAGGUCGCAUGCGCAAGGUCGUUCUCGAGGCCCCAGAUGAGAGUACCCUGAAGGAGCUGACUGGAACCCUGCAGGAGAAGAACAUUGACCACAUGCUGUGGCUUGAGCAGCCAGAGGACAUCGCCACUUGCAUUGCGCUCCGGCCUUACCCCAAGGAAGAAGUGAGCCAGUACUUGAAAAAGUUCCGGUUGUUCAAAUGAUUGCUACCUUGGUAGAACUGGGUGCUAGCUGGGUCCAGAAGUAGAAUGCCAUCCAUCCUGAAGCAUCGUGUACUCCUCUCAGUGUUGAUGUGCUUUUCCCUUCCAGUUAUGAUGGUUUUUUGAGAGCAAACACAAAUUCAAAUUAAAGUCAUUAAUAAUAUUUCCUAUUA